GGUCCAGCGGCCAGAGGCACUGAGUGUGAGGGCUUCAGACUCUGGAGAGGGGCUGUGCAAACACACAGGACAUCGCCAAGGAGGGCAGGUGAAGCUGUCUUCCCUGUCCCAAGACUCUGUGGAUAUGAAAGGCCUCCUGCUCCUGCCCCUUCUGCUGCUGGGGACAGUUUCGGCUCUUUAUCUGGAGAAUGAUGCUCCCCAUCAGGGCAGAGGAGAGACUCAAGCAGACCUGAGGCAGGAUCUGGAAGGCUCAGGAGAACAGGAGCGAGAGCUGGCCCUGGAUGAUGAAGUGCCUGAGUCAGAGGGAGAGGCCAGGGCUCCCAGCUCUCAAGAUGCCUUUGUGGAUGAGGAGGCCAUGGAGUCAGACCAAGCUGCCCUAGAUGAGAAUGUGGAGUGUCCCAGGGAAGAGGACAGAGUUCUAAUGCAGGGAAGUAAUGGGUGUCAGAGCUGCUACUACGUGUUGGUGAGGAGACCAAGGUCAUUUAACCACGCUCAGUAUGUUUGCAGAAGGUGCUACCGAGGGAACCUGAUCUCCAUCCACAAUUAUCGGACAAACCAUCACAUGCAGCGCUUUUCCACUUUUUUCAACCAAGCACAGGUCUGGAUUGGAGGCUACAUCACAUACUGGCACCGGUACAGGAGAUUUCUGUGGACUGAUGGUAGUUGCUGGAAUUUUCAAUACUGGGAGCGAGGGCAGCCUAGGAAUGGGAGUGGUCACUGCGUGUCCAUGACUGCCAGAGGAGGUCGCUGGCGGCUAACUUCAUGCGCAUGGCGCCUGCCCUUCAUCUGCUCUAUCUAAGCCAGAGGCAAGGAGCCCCUGCCUUGGAGCCGCUCGCUCCCCCGACGCCCUCCUGGAUGCCCCCACCCACUCCUGUGCCCCAGCCAAGCCGAUUAAUAAAGCCAGACUUCCCACAGCA